AUGUUAUUCACUGUUGUUGUGACAUUCGUGUGGGUCCGGUCAGAUCGGUUGACGGUCAAAGAUUCAGUUCAUCAGACGACUAGCAGUGAACAGAAAUGGGUUUGGACUUCCACGCCGGUAGCGAUUCAAGAACCAACUGGAGAACGAGCACCGAGACACCGUCCGCAUGCCGAACAAUCAGGUGUCACUAUGCGGUCUCAAAACUCUGACGUAUUUCAAGACUACCGUUUAGAAAUCGGACCGUCGAUGUCUGAAAAUAGAACUCCACUGUUAAUCAUACGGGGAAAGUUAAUAAAAAAAAUUCCUUACUCAACCUAUCACCGUGGUGGUAAUACCAGAACUUCUGUUGAUGAAAAUCUUAACAUUUCCGAUACUUCACGAAUUCUGCAUAAAAUGAAUAUCAGGCUAAACCACAGGCAAAUAAAUAAUUACGAUUAUCCUAAUAUACAAAUAGACGAACCCAUAGCCAACAAAGAAGUAUUAACUAAUAAUCCAAAUGCAUAUGAUUUAACUUAUGAUGUGAGUGGUAAAGGUUCAGAAGAAAAUAAAAACUCGAUUGACAGUAUUAGUUGGAUAACAUUUUUCAAUAGAUCGGGACAAAUUAUUCCAAGAAGAUUGUGGUUAUUGAAAACACCAGAGAAAAGUGGCAGUUUAGAUCAACCACCUUUUGGAUUAAGAACACAUUCCCAGAAUAUAAAAGACUUGAAAUACAGGCUUACACAUGAUGUAAAUAAAGUUCAUAAGAUUCCGGAGCGACAAUUAAUGAAAUCUUUUUCACUGACAAAUGAGUUUGACUUUAAGACCCAGCCUAUCCAACAAGAUAGUUUGAUUCUUCAACCCCCUAGUAUCCCUAAUGUAGAAAAUAACAUCUCGAGCUCGCCGCAGAAGACAAUUAUAAAAAUCCCAUUAAUAAACGAAAGAAUCUGUCAAACUGAAAACAAUUGGUUUCAUAAAAAUCUUAUUUCUUAUUCUGUUUAA